UGAACCCGGAAUUUACUCUUGCACUUUCCGGCCAGCUCAGUCUAGUUCUAGUCUGUAUUGGGUGCGUAGGCUACCGGAGCAAUAGUUGCAGGUCUUCUUAGGGAACAUGGUGCUUCUGACUAUGAUCGCGCGGGUGGCCGACGGACUUCCUUUGGCCGCUUCCAUGCAAGAGGAUGAGCAGUCGGGUAGAGACCUACAGCAGUAUCAGAGCCAAGCCAAACAGUUGUUCCGAAAACUAAAUGAACAGUCUCCUACCAGGUGCACCUUGGAAGCAGGAGCAAUGACUUUUCAUUACAUUAUCGAGAGAGGAGUGUGUUAUCUGGUGCUGUGUGAAGCUGCCUUCCCCAAAAAGCUGGCCUUUGCAUACUUGGAAGAUUUGCACUCCGAAUUUGAUGAACAACAUGGAAAGAAGGUUCCAACUGUGUCCAGGCCCUAUUCUUUCAUUGAGUUUGAUACUUACAUCCAGAAAACCAAGAAACUGUACAUUGAUAGUCGUGCAAGAAGAAAUCUUGGCUCCAUCAAUACAGAGUUACAGGAUGUACAGAGAAUCAUGGUAGCCAACAUUGAAGAAGUUCUACAACGAGGCGAGGCACUUUCAGCUUUGGAUUCCAAGGCAAACAAUCUGUCCAGUUUAUCGAAGAAAUACCGCCAGGAUGCAAAGUAUCUCAACAUGCGCUCCACUUAUGCCAAGCUUGCUGCUGUUGCUGUGUUUUUUAUCAUGCUGAUUGUCUACGUGAGGUUCUGGUGGCUCUGAGUGAUUUCCAGGCACCAAAAAGGGACAGCUAGUAACACAGCAGAUGUAUAGUUGCAAGAUGCCAAGAGCACAGGGAUGUACAUUAGAAUCCUCAUGGGGAUGACCGUACAGUGAGAAUUGCUGCUAUUCUCCAGCAAAUCUUAAUUCCCAAAUGUCAACGCUUGCUGGCAAAUAAGGAUUUUCUUUUGUAGCAGUUGCACUUAGACAUGAAAUUUGUCCAUCCCACUAACAGCUGAGUUGGCAUGGUUAUCAGCCCAGUUUACCUACUCACUUAUACAGGCAGUAGACAUAUCUCUCUCCCUCUAUAUUAUCCUAUUCCUCGUAGUAAAGGGACUCUAAUGAACAUUCCUGGUACUACUAAUAUUUUCUUAAGAGUCUGGAUCUUGCUACUUGAACAGAAAUUCCUGUUUUCUGCUGAAAUUCCUGCUGAGUCUUUAAUGUACAUAUUGCAUUUUUUGUUUGUCCAGUCAGUGCUGAUUUUUUGUUCUCAGACAUCUUGAAUCAUUACACCAUUAAUUUCGUAAAUACAUAUGAAAUUCUGCUUCAGCGGACUUCAUUAAAUGCUAAGUGUAAUGUUGAAAUAGUUGUCAUAGAAUAAAAUUACAAGCACAUAAUUCAUUUUAAUUUCAGAUAAAUAUGUUUUACAACUUCUUUUGAAUCCAAUACCAAGCUCCACAUUCUCUGCAUAUUUUAUAGGGAGAGGCUGCCUGUUUUGUUUUUUUCUCUCUCUCCACCAAUGUCACUACUUCCAUUGCUGCACACAUUCUAUAAGACAACCUACCAUCUGGAUCUCCCUGCUCAAGAAGGACUGAAGAAGAGCAGGUCUCUUCCUGAAUGCUUGACAGUCUCUGCUUUGAAAAAUUAAGCUCCUUUGCCAGUCUCUUCUUCCCAGGAUCUUUGUCUGUUUUCCACUUCUGUAUAGCAAAAGAUAACUUCAUUGCUGUGAAACAAUCCUUACAAAGUUUAGGAUGCUAUCGAAUGGGUCUGCAAAGUUCCAGAAGCUUUGAAACGCACUUUCAGAUAUAUCUUAUGGGCCUCAUGGAGGUUGAUAAUGGAGCUACUCUCCCACGUAGGCAGCCUGUCUGAAUAGUUACAAGAGGAGGGAAAAGGAACUAAAGAGCAGAACACCAAAUAUUCUGUUACUAUCACAGAUAAUGAUGAAAAUUUUGGUUUUAUUUAUUUAAAUUGGCAAGCAAGUUAUUACAGCUGUCUCUUAAAAAUAAAAGGUGAACUCUCA